GCUCUAGUCGGUUCUUGUGUCUUGUCGAAAACGUUUCGUCGUCAACAAAUCCGCCGACGGCUCUCGUCAAACGAACGGUUGAUUAUACAAUUUCGUCCUCCUCUCGGGCGCCAAUCUCAAAACGGAUUCCUUCUGACCCGAUUAAAGGAUCAUCGUCAUCACUUAUUCAUGGAGAUCUCCCUUCUCACGGCAGAAGAACACUUUUACAGCGAGGACGGACGAGGCUGUUCAGACCAGCGCUGCACGGCUGACAUUCACUCCGUUUUAUCAAAGAUCAUUAAGAAAUGCUCUGGCGACAGCGUUGUAUCAGUUAAGAUGCUGCAGACUCUAAACACGCUGGCGGGUAAAAUAUCUCCACACAGCAACAGCGUCCCGGAGGCGAACCAGCGGGUCAUCAACAGCCACCUCCUGAAUAACAACAACAAUAACAAUAACACCUACAAUGACAAAGGAAUGAAUAACAGCGGAUGUCAUCAAGACCAGCCAGACCCCGACUACAUCAAAAUGUUCGUGGGCCAAGUCCCGCGUAGCAUGGAUGAAGCGGAGUUGACCAAAAUGUUUUCAGAGUUCGGACGAGUUCACCAGAUAAACGUCCUCAGAGACAAAGUCACAGGACAGAGUAAAGGCUGCUGUUUCGUAACGUUCUACACCCGCAAAUCUGCCCUGGAUGCUCAAAACGCCCUUCACAACAUCAAGACCCUACCCGGGAUGCAUCAUCCCAUUCAAAUGAAGCCUGCCGACAGUGAAAAUAGAAACGAGAGGAAACUCUUCGUUGGGAUGCUCAGCAAGAAAUACUCAGAAAAUGAUGUGCGGCAAAUGUUCGACAUGUAUGGAUCCAUCGAGGAAUGUACCGUCUUAAGAGACACUGCUGGCCAGAGUAAAGGGUGUGCAUUUGUCACUUUUACUUCGAAGCAGUGUGCCAUCAACGCCAUUAAAGCAAUGCAUCACUCUAGAACUAUGGAGGGCUGUUCAUUACCGUUGGUUGUUAAAUUUGCGGACACCCAAAAAGAAAAGGACCAAAAAAGACUUCAGCAGAUGCAUGCAAACCUGUGGCAUCUCGCUGGUGCCAGCAUCUCACCUCAGUCGUACCUAACUGCUGUGAAUCAGCAGAAUGACCCAAGCUCUUGUUUAGCACCGCUGCAAAUAUUGCAGCAUCUUCAGUCGAACAACGUCCAACCUAAUCUGAGCUCACAGUUGCUUCUCCACAACUCUCCAGGCCUACAGAAUCUUGCUGCCUUGAACGGCACAAACCCGAGCCUUGCUGACAUCAAUCCGGCCAACCUCCAAGGCUUAGCUGCUCUCCAAGGGUUGGCUAAUAUUUCAGUUGCCAAUGGAACACCAAUGAGCAUGCAGAACUUAGUUACUCUUGCUGCAAUGACUGGUGCAGGCGCAGUUUCACCAAAUGGGUCCAGUUCGUCUAGCCUGAGUAGUCCAGCAUUGUCUAGUUUGGCUGGAACUACUGCAGCCUCACUUCUCGGGAAAGCUGCAGCAUCUGGUACACCCACAGCGUUGAGCGCUUUGGGUUCACUUAAUGGCUAUGGCCCAACUGCUUUGUCAGUUUCAGAUGCCUACCAGCAUUUUUCCGGUAUGCCCAAGUUACAAGCUUCGAAAGGAUCUGCUGGCAAACAAAUAGAGGGCCCAGAAGGAGCAAAUCUGUUCAUAUACCACCUACCACAAGAAUUCCGUGAUGCUGAUCUUGCCGCAACGUUUCUCCCAUUUGGUACUGUAGUAUCGGCAAAAGUCUUCAUUGACAGAAGUACCAAAUUAUCUAAAUGUUUCGGGUUUGUUUCUUAUGAGAAUCCAAUAAGUGCCCAGACAGCGAUUCAGAACAUGAAUGGGUUCCAGAUAGGUGCAAAACGCCUUAAAGUUCAACUUAAAAGAUCGAAAGAGGCUUCUCGCCCGUACUAAGUUAAUCACCGCAAGUAACAUUCAAGAAGGAAUGUCCAAUUUGCAGUUUCCUGUUACAGCUACUUUUAAAUCUAAAACAGGCCGUGUGUCACUGCUUGUUAGAAAUUCAAGGAUGUACAAAUCAUACAAUUUUAUCAAAUUGCAAACUCACUGUUGUUUUUCCCAUAAAGUGAUUGAUUUUAUUUUUAUUAGUUACCAAUAUUUAAAGAUUCUUUAAAAAAGUAAAUGUGAACAACUAUUGUUAAGAGCCUAUUUUAAUUUUAUUAUUAAAAAAUUGUUUUCUGUUAUUUUAAUAGGCCUUACAGUACAAUAACCUGCUUUAAAUGUCAUUAUAUGUUAACUUAUUUUGAGGAAAAAUAUAUAACUGUUUUUCAGUGUUUCUAUGUUUGAUGUAUGGGCCAAUUAGCACAAAUUUGUAUGAUGUACACUCAGAAAGUUAAAUGUUUCCAUUUUUGUGUUUGAGAUGACAGAAGUGGGUGCAUUAAAAAAUGUAUUUUGAAAUAUAAAAACAGGGCUGAACAUUAUCAAUAGGUACUAGAAACAACAAUAAACUUUGGAAAAUCAAAAAAACAUUGUUCCUCUCGGUGCAGAAUGAAAUUUUCAAUUUUGUACAAAUUGUAAACAUAUGUACACCAAAGAGAGUAAUUUUGUACAUUACUAUUUUGAAACUAUUUGUACAGGAACAAUUUUUCAUUUCUUCAUUCGGGGCUGAACAAUGGAAACUCAAUGUAUGUGUGUACUGUAGGAGCUGUGUUUGGGUAAUGAAGCAUACGAAAAAGUGAAUAUUUGUAACAAAAUGUUUAGUCCAAAAGAUUUCUUUAUAAGAAUUAAUAAAAUUUUUUCAAUAUAUUGUAAUAUCUUAGUAGAAAUAAAAUACCUAUUUUUGGGCAUAUAAAAA